AUGGCCUUUGGAUCUACCUUUGGAAUUGUCCACUUAUCUAGAGUUUCUUUGACUUCCUGGUAUGCAACAAGCUCUCUGGCUUCUGAAGUAGAGGCUUCUGUUUCAGCUAUUGUAGGGGCUACUGUAUAUUUUGAUAUACAUGUUGCUCUUUCUGACCAAAACUUAUCUAAAGUUUUAGAAUUCAGAAUUCUUACUCAUGGUUACGAGUAUCUUCCCGGAUCUCCACCUUUCUCGGUUGGGAGGGAAAAUUCCAGUGGAGCUAGGUUCUCUAAGUUAAAGAGACUGUACAUUGGGAGAAACAAUCUAACAGGUAGUGUACCUUAUUCUUUUGGGAAUCUAUCAUUUGUUGCAGAAGAAAAUAGUAUUGGUGGUGACAUACCUGUUGAUCUGGGUCGAUUGACAAACUUGGAAGUAUUUCUGUUGAGGAUGAACAGGUUGGUUGGUACCAUUCCUUUCUCAAUCUUUAAUCUCUCGUCUGCUACAGAAUUUAAUGUCGUAAUGAACCAAAUUCAAGGGAGCCUUCCCAGGGACCUAGGAAUUACUCUUCCCAAUCUUAGUGUCUUUGAAGUUGGUGUAAACUCAUUUACUAGAUCCAUUCCUGUUUCAAUGUCUAAUGCCACUAAACUACAACGCCUUGGCUUGGCCGGUAAUAAAUUUACUGGAAAAGUUCCUCCUUUGGACAACCUGCAUGAUCUUCAGCUGUUAAACUUUCAUGGAAAUGGUUUAGGAGCCGGGGAAGCCAAUGACUUGAGGUUUCUCUAUUCUUUGACCAAUGUGACAAAUUUGAACGUUCUAGAUCUGAGCAAAAACAAUUUUGGAGGAUUGUUGCAUGAAUCAAUUGGCAAUUUAUCCACUAAUCUUGGUAAACUAAUAUUGAGCAACAAUGGAAUAGUUGGGAUCAUCCCAACCGGGAUAAGAAAUCUGAUCAAUUUGCAGAUUCUUGACUUGUCAAACAACAAUUUCACAGGUAACAUUCUUGCUGAUAUUGGAAAGUUUCAAAAGCUACAGAAUUGGGAUCUCUCAGGUAAUAUGAUCUACGGGGAUAUCCCAUUGUCUUUUGGAAAUUUAACUGUGUUGACAAAUCUUAUGUUAUGCAACAAUAAUCUUCAUGGCAGAAUCCCUUGA